UAGGCGCGCGCUCACGCGGCAGCAUUGGAGCGAGCGACGACGUGAUCGCCAGCUGCCAGUCGUAGUGCGUGCCUGUGAGAGACGCGGGAGCCGGGCUUCUCCAUGUCGCUGAUGGCUCGCGAUCGGCAAGCAGAAGAGGGCCAGGCAGGCACCAACGACGCAGCCACGCGUCACGACCAGGCUCUUGAUCCGCUAGCAGAAGAGGAUCAGGAGGGCAGCGAUGACGCCGAUGGGUGUCAAGACCAGGAAGUCGCGGAGAACGCAGCUGACUACGGAGGUGCCGAUGAGUCGCUGCACACCGAGGAGUCGGAGUCGGUCGCACAGGCCGAGGGCUCGGCAGUGGACACUGACGCUACUGGUCAGGGCGAUGCCGCGGUGACGGUGCACCGUCCGCCGCGCUGGUCCUUCAGUGGGCGCCUGAAGCCGAGAGGCCGGAACCGCGGCGCGUCCAAGCCAGCAGCAUCCAUGGCAGCGGCCGCGCUGCGCAAGCUGUUCCGCGGCGAGCGCCACCGGCUGAGCACCGGCGCCAACCACAAUGAGCCCAAGAAGAAGAAAGAGAGCGCCGAGGGCGGCAGCCGCCUGCUCAGCCUCUGCGCCGGAAAGGCUUCCUCCGAGCGCGGGCAAGGCAAGGCGGCCCGCAAGCCAGCUGAAGGCGCGUCGCCGCGUGCCCCGGGGAGCCCUGCCGCCGCCGGCGGAGGCGGCGACACGGCAGCGGACGCAGCUGCGGUGUCCUCUUCCCGCACGGCGCGCAGCCCCCGCAACCGGGUGGCGCCCUGUUCCCAACAGGCGGCCGUGCGCGCGCGCCGCCUCAUGCGCGAGCUCCAGGAGAUCCGGCGACAGCAGACCCGCGGCCAGCAGCCUUCCUUCACCGUGGACCUAGUCGAGGACAACCUCUACGAGUGGCACGUGCGCCUCUACCAGGUGGAUCCGGAGAGCCCGCUGUGGCGAGACAUGCAGGAGUCGGGCGUGUCGUGCGUCCAGCUGAGCGUCUCCUUCCCGGAGAACUUCCCGUUCGCACCCCCGUUCGUGCGCGUGCUGGCACCGCACAUCGAGCGCGGCUUCGUCAUGGAAGGCGGAGCCAUCUGCAUGGAACUGCUCACUCCACGGGGAUGGGCGUCUGCUUACACGGUCGAGGCCAUUCUCGUCCAGGUGGCCGCGUCGCUGUCCAAGGGCCAGGCCCGCAUCGCCACCAAGCCAGGCAAACAGUUCAACAGGAAGCUGGCCGAGUCCUCUUUCCGCAGCCUGGUCAAGACUCACGACAAGUAUGGAUGGGUGACGCCCCCGCUUGCCGACGGCUGAGCUGGGAAGCAGAGCGCCUCAGCCCGGAGCUCGCCCGUGCACGGGUUUGCAGGUGGAUGACGAUGGGUGCUACUCAGACAUUGCCAACGAGGAGCUGUUUGCCGUUUCGUUUUUUUUUUUUUUUUUUUUUUUUUUUUUUUUUUUUUUUUUUUGUCCAGGGAACCCCGGCCACCAGCGGUACCGCGUCUUCAUUUUGCAUUGUGAAAAAAAAAAAAAAAAGAAAGUGUCUGUCACACCUUUCUUUGUGCAAACAUAUGUCUCUCCCUUUUCUUUCUCGUAUCCCUAUUGUAUGCUUUAUUCCCGCGAGCUUAUCACCAGCGUGUUCUAGGCGUAGCCUGCCACCGCCUGUUGGCGGCUGUCUGUCCUGAGCAGUGGUGGUUGCGCGACUGCGGUUGCGGCGAAGACGGUGUAGAACGUCGCGGCUGUUGCUCCUCGGUUUCGCUCAAUAUUUGUACUAUCUCAGCGAAGGCGCUUUCCACCGCGACAAAUUUCUCUGCCCCUUGCCUAAUCGCCCUACCCCAGGUGUAACACGUAGAAAAGCAGGGACAUUUUUCCUCGAAUGUCAGCCAUUGUCCACGUGAUUGUAGCUCUAAGCACAUUAUUUCAGUACCGCGACUCUGUCAAAAUGUAUCGUUUAGAACGUGCAGGCAAUCCAAGUGAGGGAGGAGGAGGAACAGCUUUAUUAAAAACGCCAGACAAUGAACGUCAGGAGAGAAAUCCUUCUCCCCCGUCGCCCCUAGCCGUCGGCGAGAAUAGUGAGGGAAGAAUAUAAAAAACGAAAGGUCGUCGUCACUGCCGCUUACAAAUUGCGGCCCUUGCAGAUAGCGACUAGUCCCGACAACCAUAUAUAUUCUCGACCCGAAGAGAUUCUUAAAGUUGAGAUGUGAUUUGAAGACGAACGGCAAGUUCACUGGCAAGUCGUUUACCAGCCGCCAAAAAACUGCGGAGAGCCCCCGGAACUCCAUCAUUCCAGCUGUGCUACCGCUUGCUGCAUAAUGUUCCGCUACAUGCGAAAUCUUUGCACUCGAGACCAGGUAAUCAAUGUUUCGGAGAAAAUAUUUGAGCGAAUCUUUCGGUACUGUAGUGAAUGAGUUUUAAUGUAUACGUGUUUGUCAGAAUUGUGCUCCGUACGUGACCGCGCACUCUGAGAAGUUGGCGACGGAACAUCGGAGGCUGUGAUGACGAGCGUUCGUUCCUCGACCGACGCGACUCUCGUCUCUGCGUGAUUAUAGGCGUCUGCUUGCUCGAAAGGAUGUAACGGCACGAGUGCGACAUCCAUUCGUGGUACGGCUUUAUUCGCGCGUGGGCCAGCCUCGAGGAGGCUGAGCGCGCUUCAGCGUUCGGGAUAGGCACUCCGUGAAAAAGCGGCAGCUUCGACCGAACAAAAUAAGAAAAAGUCAAAAUCAUACACGAUGGCUUGCGUUGGUCGCAGCGUUUGCGCUUAUUAGGGCACGCAUGAAUACCCGAACAUGAUGCGUUUGUAUGUUCUUGGCCUGUUCGAAUCCACGCAUUCGGAGUGGAGGUAAAAAUUGACGACGACUCUCGCACAGCGUGGGCGAAGCGGAGGCAAAGCGCAGGCCCACGCUCUCGUGCGAGUACGCAUCUCGUUGUCUGUAGCCCAGCAGCGCCCCCUUUAGCUGUCGUCCCGCUAUCCUUCGUGGUGCAAUGGCCUACGAGACUGCCGGUACGACGACAGUCUCGGAAGCCAUUGUGGCGCAGCGGAGAUGCUGUGGUUGCCGCGUGGAACGCGGGCCUCGCUCGCGGGCGGCAGCAGUUUUUCUUUUUUUUUCCUGAGCUCUGAGCCGCCAGAGACGCUGUUACUCGCCGCUCUCUCUCACUCGUCGCGUGCAAGAGGCCCCACGCAGCGACGCACCGUCCUCUGUGUGCAGAGAGAUUAUCGACAGGAAAACAAGUACUAUCCACGUAGAAGGCUUGUCGUUCUGCUGUACCGUGUAAAUACUGAGAGAAUGAAUGACGUAUUGAAGUGUCUCAAGACUGCUUGAAUAAAGGCAAUUUGUUGAAUGA